CGGUAUCAGCAGGCAGUUUUGGUCUCUGGCGAUCCUCCCCAGGCCUCCAGUAAGAAUUAGCAGUGUAGUUUAUCUCUCCUUAAGUUGAGUGACAGUAUGGAACCGGAAGGGACCCCUCAUCAAGUGCAGGAUGCGAGGGCUCAUGUUCCUGGCAGCUACCAACUGGAAGAUGAUAGAGUGAAGGAGCUGAUACGCGCAUGUUAUGAGGAAGGAAUCCUUCCUACUAACAUCAACUCAGGGGAAAUGACGGUGGAAGGUCGAGAAGCCAAGUUUGUUUUAAACUCGGCGGUGGAUGAGAUUAAAGUGAAAUGGUUGAAGUCAAGAAUGGUGACAGUCAUCUUUCGGGAGGGUGCUCGCUUUCUUCCAAAAAAGGUGAAAGAGGAUCUGAUUAGGGCGUAUGAGGACGUUUGGAUUAGGGACGAGACCUUCGGUCAGGAGUUCAGGCGAGGAAGAAUUAAAGUUGAGAAUCCAAACGUUGUUUCUUAUAUUCCUCGAUCUCAAGUGAUCACGGAUUGGAUGCUGGCCAAACGGUCGGACUUCAUUGACCUCGCUAACACAACUUAUCGUACGGAGUUUAAGCCAUGGAUGACGCGUGCUGAAGUGCGGGACUGGCGAAGGACAGUGGACGAGAAUACCUUUUGGGUGGUGGCGGUGGGCAUUCCGUUGGAUGAGAUGGCGUUUAUUUAUAUGCAUAUUGAAAGAGUCAUUGGUAAAAUCAUUAAACACCAUCAGCCAGAGUCGGACGAGACAGAUCCAAAAUUAGUCAACCUGCGGUUUGACCUGGAUCCAGCGGCUAAGGCUAAUAUGAAGGACAAAAUUUGGGUCCAAACCCAUCAGGGUGAUCUUUUGGAAGUUCGGGUGGCGUCGGCAGAUUCGGAGUGGCGUAGAAGGUGCCGUACUUUUUUCCAUCUGGAGGAGAACUAUAGACGGCCUGAUCGGCGAAAUCGAGGAGAUGCGGCUUCAAGACCUCAAGCCUCGUCCGCCCCUGGUACGGGGGUUUCUCCGGCCCCUCAGCAGCAGGACCCUCUCAGGGGUCCAAGCGCUUCGGCCGCUCCAGCUGCACAAUCGGCUUCCUCUCAGCAGGCUGUGUCGUCUUCGGCUCCUGCCUCAAACAUGCAAGCAGCUGUUCAGCCAGCCCCUCCACCAGGUGCCACGUCUCAGUUCAACCCCGUUUUCUCACCAUGCGCUGGUCAAUUUCCGCAAGGCGUGAUGUCUCCUGCAUCUGGUCAGGCUAAUCUGUGGGCGACCUUCCUUCAGAACCUGCCGAUGCAUCCGUACACUUGGCCACAAACCUCUCUGGACCCGCUGUUGAAUGCUAGUCCAUCUUUCGCCAAUCUCUAUGCUUAUGGUCCAUGGGCUCAAGCCUCGGGAGGAGUCAGCGGCCAAGGUGCUCCCAAUCUGACAAGUGGCCAAGGUCUCAAUUAUUCAGGAAUGACUCAACCGAGGGCGAAUGCUCCGGGCCUAAGUGGCUCUCGUUUACGAGGGGAAUCCCGUAGUAAACAGCGCCGUAUGAGCGAUGGUGGUAUCGAUAUUCAAGUGGACGGGCUUCGAUCGGAACACUCGAAAGCUUCUAGUGAAGAUUCUUACCACUCGACGGGCUCAGGCGGUCCACAUGGUAACUCCUGCUCUUCAAGUAAACGUAAAUCCAACCGCUCCCGAAUGGAGUCCCUGUCCAAAGGUCAUUCAGGGCUGGAAACGAAGUUGAUUCCUAUAGUAUGUGUGUAUGCUAGGAACGCUUUCUGGGUAGUUGCUUGGUUGGGAUCAGAGGGUUAUCCUUGUCUGUUUAGUACGUCUUGCCCAGAUUCUCCAAUGCCGCAUGUCACGGAGUCAAUGACCCGCUCACUGUUUCACAACAAGUUUGCUUUGCGCAUUAUUGUUGAGGUUUCUAUGCCCCGAUUUUUGGUUGAGGUCUCAGGGAAACGUGCGAAGUUCUUCGCUCCUCUGUUCGAUGUGCGGUUUGCAACUGGCCAAUUAGAACAGCUGGAAGCUGAAGGACUCCGGCUCAUUCCUUUUGCCUGGUUUUUUUAGGCAAGGAAACCGGAGCUCCGCCGAUUC